AUGUCCGAAAAAACCAGCAAAAAGCGCGCAUCCCCCGGUGCCGACGUCGAGAAGAGCAUCAACCCACUGGAGGGCGUCGAAAUCGGGGAUGAGGACGCGAAGAAGCUGACCGACGUUCAAAAGGAUAUCCAGCGCGCUGAGCUCAUUCUCGAGCGCCGCGCGCAGGCAACCCUCACGCCUGUAUAUCAGAACCGUCGCGAAGUCCUCAAGACGAUUAAGCUGUUCUGGCCAGUCGCGCUCAUGAACCACAGCUCGUUCGCCGUGCACGCCCAGCACGAGGCGGACCGCGUUGCGCUCAGCUACCUCGAGGACGUGUGGGUCGUGCGCGACGCCAAAGAGCCCAAGGUGUUCACGCUCGAAUUCUACUUCAAAGAGAACCCGUACUUCUCAGACUCCGUCCUGAAGAAGGAAUACCGCUUCCAGCCGUCGAAUGCAUCCGACGACGAGACGCCCGACGCGGACGGCGUCACACCGUCGAUGCUCGACUUUUCCUGGGAGCGGGACGUGACCCCCCAGGCCAUCAAAAUCAACUGGAAGGACGACGCCAGAAACCUCACCAAGUCGUACCCGCUGGUCAACAGCGACCCCGAGGACGACCUGCCGUCCGAGUUUGGCAGCUUCUUCAAUUUCUUCGAGACCGCUCAGGACUACACGGAUCUCGGGGUGCUCAUCGCGAACGAGGUGUUCCCUGAUGCGAUCGACUACUUUUUGGGGACUGCCGGGGGAGACGGGUUCGAUUCGGACCUUGAGGAGGACAGCGAGGACGACGACAGCGAGGAGGAGAUCGACCUGGAAAAGCCUCUGGCGAAGAAGGCCAAAAAGGCAUGA